AUGGCUGGGGUCAAUCCGUAUGAGACCGAUCCGGCGCGUAUACCAGCAGAUGAUCCUUUCCAUCAACGAAGUCCGAACUAUGGCCGCUAUCUCCCUCGGGUUGAUGACUUCCAACCCCGUUAUAACGACUGGUGCCAAUCCGACCCCAGUGCGACAGAGUACUGGGAAGACACCGUGAGGGCUCUGUGCAUCCCGGAAAACUCAUUACACCUGCAAGGGGAACGACAAGCGUAUGCUGCUGGCAGCAUUAUCAUCCGAGUCGAUCAGGAGGAUGCAGUUGGCGAGGCCGCGGACAAGUUCUUGUGCUUGAAUGCGAACGAGCUCAAUGCGUCCAGGAAGGCGGAGCAUGCCUUUCGGAACUUAGGGGUUGCAGUGCCGACGAUAUACUACUGCGGAAUAAUAGAUGGGAAGAAUGUCACGGUAGAGGCUCGGAUACCUGGCGUUUCUUUGGACGUUGCCUGGAGGUAUCUCAACCCGGAACAGGUGGAGGUGAUGAAACAACAAUGUCGCAUCGUAUCGCAUGAACUCGGUAACGCGGACUCAGGCCAGGAACAACCAUCCUACGUCUGCCCUGAGCUCAACUCACAUUUACCUUUGGAGGGUGCACAGAUGGAGCGUGACUUGCUUUUCGGAGACGAGAAACCUGGCAGUUACCUGCUUGUUCAUAACAAUAUCCUCAUGUCCAAUAUCGUCGUGAACAACCAUCGCAUUGUGGGACUCAUGGGUUGGCGGUACAGUGGGUAUUUUGGGUUUGGGAGGGCAGACAAGGUACAUCGACGGAUUAGGGUUCCGCGACUGGUAUCAGAGUCUGAAUCAGGGCCCAUGCAAAAUCAGAACGUCCAGACGUGGACCAACCUCUACGAAGGCCUUCCAGGGACCGCACCCGAACCGCUUGAGCCAACACGCCCAGUCAAGGUGGAACCAUCUAGCACGAACCUGAACAAAGUACCCCUGAAUAACGGGGAUGUCAAACACGGCAUAGACACGCAGGAAGAGCACCCGACGCCCAAGAACUUGGCAAGCCUAAAAAAUCGCAACUCAAGAGCCUCAUCGUCAGACCGGUCAUCCCCAUCAAAUUCCACCAAAGGAGCAGCCAAGCGGGCAGGGCCGGGGACGAAGAAAGGCAUUGGGAGAAAGACUUCAAUCAAGAAAAGUAAGCUCGAUAUUGAGGACAAUGAGAGCGUGUGUAGCCGCCGCUCUCAAACUCCCUCGUCAGGCCGCACAAGCAAGGCUCCUGCGAAGAAGCAAAGCUCGGCAUCCCUCGCAAAUUCGCCGGCGCCUGAACCCAAGAGGAAAGGUGGCAGGAAGUCGAAAGUUGAGGUAGAGGAAGAAGAAGUUGGGGAAGAAGGUGAAGAGCACGAGGAAGGGGAGGAUGAAGAUGUGUCAGAUCCAGACACGCUUUUCUGCAUCUGUCGGAAGCCUGAUAACCACACUUGGAUGAUUGCUUGCGACGGCGGCUGCGAGGAUUGGUUUCAUGGGAAGUGCGUCAACGUCGACCCGCGAGACGUGGAGCUCAUCUUGAGAUAUAUCUGCCCGAACUGCAAGGAAAAUGGGAAAGGAUCGACAUUGUGGAAGCCCAUGUGCCGACUAAAAGAGUGCCGAAAACCCGCUCGCCACAUAAAUUCAAAACCUAGCAAGUACUGUUCUGAUGAGCACGGGCUAGAGUUCAUGCGUCAGAAGACUCGACACCUCAACCUGAUCACUCAGCCAAAUGGUCAGAGGCCAAAUUCCUUCCUUAGGGCAGCCCUUAGCGGCACGCAAACACCGCGAGACGAUGACAGCGAGUACGAUUCGCAAAUCGAGGAUGAACAGGACAACAGCAACGAAGAUCUGGGAAGCAAAGGCGGCGUCCUCACCCUUGGAGAUCUCACUGCAGUCAUAAUGGGCGUGGGCUCAGCAGAAGAGUUCCGCAAACUUGGAGCUCACAUCGUCGCACCUCCCGAAGAACAGCCCGCUCCAGAACCGACAGAGACAGAACCAGAAGUCCCGCCCACCAAGAAGAAACUCGGCCUGGACUUCAGCCCCGACAACCUAAACUACUCUCCCGACGAAGCGGAGAAGCUUGAUAAACUCCGCAAGAGGCGAGACGACCUCUUCCACCGCCGAGACAUGCUCGCCGCACGAAACACAUUCCUCACUCUCGUACGCCACCGCUCGAAGCACAUUCUCGAAAUCCUGAAAAAGAGAGACCCCAAGGGCGGCUGGAAGGAUAUCUGCGGUUUCGAUACACGACUCGCCUGGUCCGAUGAGGAAUUCGACGAGUGGCGGCUGUCAGAGCCAGGCAAGAAGGCGCUCGAGGAAGGGACGCCUGAAGCUCUGGCGUCGAGCUACCCCAGUACCAACGUCGAUGCCGACGACGACACGGCUAUGGACAAUGAAGAUGAAGAUAGUCUUGAGAGUAUCACCCGCGGCGUCUGCAUGAAGAAGCGCUGUGAGCGGCAUAAGCAGUGGCUCAAGGUGCAGCAGCUAGAUGUUGGAUUCGAGGAGCGUACGCUCGAGACUGAUCUAGUUGAGUGUGAGAAGGAGGCGCAGAGUGUCGUCGAGCGCGCCGUACUGAGGAUUUGGGCUGAGCAUGGGAAUGCUCAGAGUCAGCUGGAGAACGGCGCGUAG